AUGGUCCAUUCCAACUGGACUUGGUGCACCACCACACUUGCGUUGUCACUUUCCCUCGCACGGACAGUAUACUCCGAUUUCGUAUCUACAGAUUACGACGGCUAUAAUGAUGGGGAUUUGGGGCAUAGGCCACAUUUAGAGUUCCAGUCCAGCAGCGAAUUUGCACCUAUCCUGCAAGCGAAUACAUGGAAUUUCGACGCUAUAUCCUCAGCAGGCUCGCAUAUUUUUAUUAAACAUGACGGUAAUGACUCGAUCCCCCUUUCGUCGCCGCUUAUACUCGAUGCGAAGGAUCUCUCUGCUGUUUAUAUGAACCGUUCGUUCGAGAAUGUCUUUGGAAACCGUGUCCAAGAGAACCUGGGGAAAAAGUACCUUACAUUCUGGGAGGGACAGAAGGGAGAUGGUAUUGGUGAUGGGUAUGGUCUUGCAUUUGAUGAGACGUAUCAACUUGUGUAUAAGGUUUGGGCACAAAAUCUACGGGUCCAUAGUGACUUACAUGAGUUUGCAUUCACUGGAAAUGGCACUGCGUUGGUAACAGGCGUUGAUAGACGUCUGAUAUCGGGUAAAGACUAUGACAGUUCAUGGGGAAUUCCCGAUGGGCUUGAUAUUCUUGAUGCUGCAUUUCAAGAGAUCAAACUCGAUACGAACGAGGUUUUGUUUGAUUGGCGCGCAUUGGACCAUAUCAAUCCUAUGGAAUCAUUUGAACCACAUGGACCUGGCUGGGAUGCGUAUCAUCUUAACAGCAUUGAGAAGACCAAAGCAGGAAACUAUCUCAUCUCAAUCCGCCACACACAUUCUAUUUUACUCAUCGACGGCCAAACUGGCGAUAUCAUAUGGACCCUUGGGGGACCGCACAACAAUUUUACCGAACUGACAGCUGCCAAUGGAUCGGAGUAUGCAGAACCAAUUCUCACAAUGGCCUGGCAACAUCAUCCGCGCUUUGUACCUGGAACCGACGAGACUCAAAUGACUCUAUUCGACAAUCAUGUCAAAGAAACCAGUCAUGGUGAAUGUGGCGACGAUUGCUCCCGCGGUCUGCACAUCGCUAUCAAUGAGACAGCUUCCCCACCCACAGUCCAGCUACUGCAUGAAUUUCAGCAUCCGAUUCGACUUCAAUCCCAGAGCCAAGGAAGUGUUCAACCGCUUGGAGGAGCUACCGAGAAAAGUCUCGGGAAUGUAUUCAUUGGAUGGGGUCGGUGCCCUUCAUUUACAGAACAUACUCCAGAUGGAGAAACUGUCAUAGAUGUGCAGUUCUCGCCAUGGCAUAGUCGGGAUAUUCCUGACGCGCUGGAUAAUUACCGCGCUUAUAAGAUGGAUUGGGUUGGAAUUCCCUGGUGGGAUCCCGCAAUUGCACCGAAGAGGAGCUCUGACGGGAAAUUACUCGCCUAUGUCAGUUGGAAUGGAGCAACGGAGGUGUCAGAAUGGGUUGUGCGUGGAUUUCCAGAGGGAACAGUAUUGAAUAAUAAAAUGAAAGGUGAUGUGGUGGGAAGGUCACGACGGACAGGAUUCGAAACCAAGCUGGUGAUCGAAGAAAAAAAAGGAGAGAAGGAAGUCAAAUGGGGAUAUUUAUGGGCUGAAGCCUUGGAUAUGAAGGGAAGGGUUCUUCGAUCCAGUGAACUCGUGGAUCUGAGUACAAUGGAAUUGGAUGUCGCCGUUGAUGUCUACGAUGAGUCCAACUCGACGUUUUCUGGCAUCCUUGCUGCAGAAAGAUUGGUAGCUCAGGAAAGAAAAAAGAAAGAGGCAGCCAGAUUGUCGAAGACAAGAGUUGCCCUAUUAGCAACUGGGCUCAGUAUUUCUUUCGCGGUGGGCUUAGCUGCCGGCAUCUUUUGGUGGUAUCGUAGCAAGGACUACAACCGGUUGGACGCAGAAGAUUUUGCGCUGGAAGCUGAAGGGUUUGCCCUUGGCUCAGAUGAUGAGUAUAGCGAUCAUGAUGAGGCCAGGCAUUCUUUUGCUGAUCACCACCGAUCAUCAAGAGAGGAAGAAAUUCAGCGCCUUGUUUCUCAAGGCCGUUGA